AUGGCACAGAUUGUAAUGUUUUUUCAGAUGCUGUUAAUUCUGCUGCUUCAUGAUUACGUCUCAGCUGACAAUGGGGAAACAAGAGCAAGUUGCAGAACUGCCCCGGCAGAUUUAGUUUUUAUCUUAGAUGGCUCUUACAGUGUUGGCCCAGAAAACUUUGAAAUAAUCAAAAGCUGGCUUGUCAAUAUUACAAGAAAUUUUGACAUAGGGCCAAAGUUCAUUCAAGUUGGAGUUGUCCAGUACAGCGAUUACCCUGUACUUGAAAUUCCCCUUGGAACUCAUGAAUCCACUGAGAAUCUCAUCAGGGAAAUGGAGUCCAUACACUACUUAGGAGGAAAUACGAGAACAGGAAGAGCUAUUCAGUUUGCCUUUGACCACGUUUUUGCAAAAUCUUCAAGAUUUUUAACAAAAAUAGCAGUUGUUCUCACUGACGGAAAGUCACAAGAUGAAGUCAAAGAUGUAGCAGCAGAAGCGAGGAAAAAUAAAAUAACUUUGUUUGCUAUUGGUGUUGGCUCUGAAAUUGAGGAAGAUGAACUUAAAGCUAUUGCUAACAAGCCUUCAUCAACUUACGUAUUUUAUGUUGAAGACUAUAUUGCAAUAUCAAGAAUUAAAGAAGUUAUAAAGCAGAAACUCUGUGAGGAAUCUGUUUGUCCAACAAGAAUUCCAGUGGCAGCUCGAGAUGAAAAAGGAUUUGACAUCCUUGUAGGAUUAGGUGUGAAGAAAAAGGUUAAAAAGAGAAUUCAAAUACCAGCUACUAAUGCAAAAGCUUAUGAAGUAACCUCACGUGUUGACCUGUCAGAAUUGACAAGGAAUGUGUUUCCAGAAGGUCUGCCUCCAUCUUAUGUGUUUGUGUCCACUCAAAGAUUUAAAGUAAAAAAGACAUGGGAUUUGUGGAGAAUUCUAAGUCUGGAUAAAAGACCACAGAUAGCAGUCACUAUUAAUGGAGAAGAGAAAACAUUAUCAUUCACUACAACAAGUUUAAUAAAUGGCACACAAGUUAUUACUUUUGCUGCACCUCAUGUAAAGACAUUGUUUGAUGAAGGCUGGCAUCAAGUUCGUCUCUUAGUAACAGAAGACUUUGUAACUUUGUAUAUAGAUGGCCAAGAAAUUGAAAGGAAGCCUUUACAUCCUGUUUUAGGUAUUUACAUCAGUGGCCUAACGCAAAUAGGAAAAUAUUCUGGAAAGGAGGAAACUGUACAGUUUGAUAUACAAAAACUGCGAAUCUACUGUGACCCAGAGCAAAAUAAUCGGGAAACAGUCUGUGAGAUCCCAGGAUUUAAUGGAGAGUGCAUGAAUGGUCCUAGUGAUGUAGGCUCGACACCUGCCCCCUGCAUAUGCCCACCAGGAAAACAAGGACCUCCAGGCCCCAAAGGUGACCCUGGGCAGCCUGGGAAUCAUGGCUAUCCUGGUCAGCCUGGUCCAGAUGGUAAGCCUGGACCACGUGGCUUACCAGGUAUCAAGGGAGAGCCAGGGAAAGAUGGGGCUAAGGGUGACCCUGGACUCCCUGGUUUUCCUGGAUUACAUGGGAUGCCAGCACCAAAGGGAGAAAUGGGUCCUAAAGGAGAGCAAGGUGUGCCAGGAAUAUAUGGAAAAAAGGGUUCUAAAGGAGAGAAAGGUGAUAUGGGGUUUCCAGGAAUAGGAGAUCCUGGCAGAAAUGGGAAAGAUGGAUUACCAGGAAGUCCUGGUUUCAAG